AUGGAACCACUCAACAUCGCCGUUGUUGGUCUGGGGAGAAUGGGCAAACGCCAUGUCCACACUCUGGUGUAUCGCGUCCCCCGCGCUCGUGUAGUGGCUGUAUGUACCACCGACAAGAAUGAGAUUGAAUGGGCAACGAACAAUGAAGAGUACAAGGACUUCGGUAUUCAAGUCUACAGCAACUAUGAUGAGAUGCUUGGCCACCGAGGUCUCCACGCUGUCUGGAUUUCGACCAGUACCGAUGUCCACGCAAGUCAGUCACUGGCCGCCAUUGCCAAGGGCAUUCAUACACUGUGCGAGAAGCCGUUGAGCACCGACCUUGCUGAGGCGCAAUAUGUGGUGGAGGCUGCUAAAUGUAACCCUUCCGUCAAGGUCAUGGCAGGCUUUUCUCGCAGAUUCGACGCCUCCUAUCGCGAUGCCGCGGAAAAGAUCUACCAGCAGGAGGCCAUCGGCAUUUUUGUCGACUGCGCUAUCCAUAACAUCGACCUCUCCCUUUGGUAUCUUGGCAACCCAGUCCCUAAAGCCUGCUGGGCGGCCGGAACUCUUCAGCACCAUCCGGAGUUGAAGGAUCUCUCCGACGUUGACAAUGUAGUCGGCGUUGUCGAGUUCAGGGGUGGAAAGAUUGCAUACUUCUAUUGCUCUCGCACCCAGGCGCAUGGACAUGACGUCUCCACUGAGAUCACCGAAACCAACGGCAAGUUGAUGGUCAACGUCAUUCCAAACCAAAACAACGUUGUCCUCGCCGACAAGCUCGGCAUGAAACAUGAAGUGCAGCCCGAGUACUGGCAGAGAUUCGAGGAUGCAUUUGCCCUGGAAGCCAACGAGAUUGUCGAAGCAAUUGUCAAAAAUAAAGAGCUUCCCUUGUCGCUUGGAACUGGUAUCACUGUGAUGAAGAUUGGCCAGGCCCUUCAGCAGGCUUUGUUGACUGGUGAAGUGACAAGAGUCAAUGAGAGUGGAGAAAGAUUAAACUAG